UUUGUUUUCCUUGGUAUACCAUAUGCUGAAGCGCCAGUAAAGGAAAUGCGAUAUCGAGCUCCUGCUCCAAGAACCAAAUGGGAUGGUAUAUUAGAUGUUUCAUGUAUAUUUAAUGCAUCUGAUGCAAAUCGUUUAUAUGGAAUCAACAUCAUGAGUGAGGAUUGCCUCCAUCUUAACGUAUUUUCGGUAAAAAGUUGCACGAUGACAUCUAUGUGCCCCGUAAUGGUUGGUAUUUUAAAUGUUAUGCCGCAGUCUUUGAAUGCAUCAAAUAAUAAUUAUUAUCUUAUAGACCAAAUUGAGGCACUUAAAUGGGUAAAACGUGAAAUCAACCGUUUUGGUGGCGAUCCGAAACGUAUAACACUCGUUGGUAUUGGUGCAGGUGCAAUCAACGUCGAUCAAUUGGCGCUUUCACCACUAACGAACGGACUAUUCCAGCAAAUUGCGUUGUUAGGCGGUUCUGCAGCAAUGAUACCUUACAUAGAUGACUGUCAGUUAUAG